UCUACCACCUUCCCGAAAUUGCAGCCACCGUCACCGCCAUGUAUUCAUACCAAUCCCUCCCACCACCCAAAACCAUCCUCUCCGCCGCCGCCUCCCUCACCGCCUCCGCCCUCCUCUUCAAAACCAUCGCCACCACCCUCCUCCCCACCGACCUCACCAACUACCUCUCCUCCUCCUUCUACACCCUCUUCCACCGCCUCUCCGCCCACCUCACCGUCGUCAUCCCCGACUCCGACGGCCUCACCCCCAACCACCUCUUCCAAGCCGCCAACCUUUACUUAGGAACCAAGCUAUCCCCCUCCACCCACCGCAUCAAAAUCAACAAACCCGAAAACGAACACGACCUCAUCAUCACCGUCGACCGCAACCAACACAUAACCGACACGUUCCAAAACAUCAUAUGCAAAUGGGUUUUGAAAACCGAACAGCUCGAGUUUGUUAACUCAAACUCGAACACUGUUCGGUCGGAACAAAAGUUCUUUGAGUUAAGUUUCCGUAACACACACAAAGAAACAGUAAUAAAACAUUACUUACCACAUGUACUAAAAACAGCUGAACACAUCAAAGCCCAACUAAAAGCGGUUAAACUUCAUACUGUGGAUUAUAGCGGAACCGAUUACUGGAGCUCGGUGGUUUUAAACCAUCCUGCUACAUUCGAAACGAUUGCGAUGGAUAAUGAGAUGAAGGCUUGGAUAUUGGAGGAUGUAAAGUUGUUUGUGAAGAGGAAGGAUUAUUAUAGGCGGGUCGGGAAGGCGUGGAAGCGCGGAUAUUUGUUUUAUGGGCCGCCUGGGACGGGGAAGUCGAGUUUGGUUGCGGCUAUGGCGAAUUAUUUGAAGUUUGAUGUGUAUGAUUUGGAUUUGAGAGAGGUGCAGUGUAAUUCGGAUUUGAGGAGGUUGUUGAUUGGGACUAAGAAUCGGUCGAUUAUUGUGAUUGAGGAUAUUGAUUGUAAUGUUGGGGUGCAGAGUCGAGAGGGUGAGAAUGAGGGACCAGAUAAGGAUGAUAAGAUAACCUUAUCAGGGCUUCUCAACUUCAUUGACGGGUUGUGGUCGAGUUGUGGAGACGAACGAAUAAUAGUGUUCACGACGAAUCACAAGGAGCGUUUGGACGCAGCAUUGUUGAGACCGGGUCGCAUGGAUGUACAUGUAGAGAUGUCUUAUUGUACCUAUGAUGGGUUCAAGAUACUUGCAUCUACUUAUCUACAAGUUACGGAGGAUGAGAAGUUGGAACUUUUUCAAGUGGUGAAAGAGGCGUUGAAGAAGGUCAAAGUGACACCUGCUGAGAUCGCAGGGGAGUUGAUGAAGGGUGAGGAUGCGGAAAUCGUGCUUCAAAACCUCAAUCGAUGGCUUCAAUUGAAAGACGAGAGCUAAUCGAGUAAAAUCAUCAUUUCUUGUUUUGAUUGAUUGAAUAAUAAUUAAUAUUAACUUGUUAUCUGUUUUUACAUGGCUUAGAGAUGUAUUUGAAGUUGAAACACCAUUAAU